AUGGAGGAUUUUCACGAGGAUAUAUUAUCAGAAAUUCUUUCACGUGUUCCUCGUGAGUCCGUCUUAAACUGCAAACUUGUUUCCAAAACUUGGAACAUUCUCCUCUCUCAUAGAAAGCUGGAAGUUGGCAUCCUUUUAUGUGUUGCGUCAGUUCGGGAAAGAAACAUUCAACUUCACUAUGGAUAUUAUGAUGAAAUUAUUGCCAUUACUGAUGAUGAUCAUGAGAGUUUUACGUAUAGAACGAUAGAAAAAACCAAGCAUCCAGUCAUUAAUAAGCGAAAAGUCAUAGACAUCAUGGUUGGUUCCUGCAAUGGUUUGGUUUGCUUCUUAGUACCCCAUCAUCGUGUUGAAGAUCCUGUCUACAUUUGCAAUCCAACCUCUGGUGAAUACGUUAACCUUCCAAGAAUAAACAGCGAGAAAGGCCUCAUAGUAAGCGGAUUCGGUUACAAUUGCUCAGCAAACAACUACAAGGUUAUUAGAAUUCACUACCCCAACAAAUUUUGUUACAACUUCCCUCCAAGCGCAGGACGGGUGCAGAUAUAUACUCUGGGAGGUGGUGACAGCCGCGGAUGGAGAAAUCUUGAAGACAUCGACUAUUCGUUGGCUUUUAAUGGUACCCAUCUGAAUGGAUCCCUUUAUUGGUUGGAAUGGUUGGACCAGAAGAUCGUUGUUUUUGAUUUGGCAGAGGAAGAAUUUCGAUUGCUACCACCAACACCACCAUGUUUCAUACGUGCCAAGGGGGCUUAUUAUCGACUCGCGGUGUUGGGUGGGCAUUUGUGUUUUGUUCAUCAUAAGUGGGAGGUGGGAGUGGAUAUAUGGUCCUUCAAAAGUAAGCCGACAGAUAAUUCUGCUGCAGUAAAGGGGUAUGAAUCUUGGAGUUGGAGUUUGGACUUCAGUGUACCAUUCCCGUACCUUGUUACCCAGUCAGAUUAUUAUAAGCCGUUUGCCCUUACAAGGAACAAUGAAGUUCUGCUGUGGUUCAAUCACACGACUCUCUGCUGUUACGACCCAAAAACCGACAUAUUUAGCAAUAUUUUGGUUGGGGAUGAUGAAUUGAAAUAUCUACGGGGAAUUCCACACGUUAAUAGCUCUGUUUCAUUGAAAGCUCUUGGAGUAAACUCAAAGAUGAGGAAAUACGGAGAUAAGGUGAAGGAUAAAUCGAGCCAAUGUGCGACACUGGAAUGCAAGCACGAUGCAGCAUCAUUGAUAAAGAUUACUUAA